UCUUCUUUCAGUGUCGUUUGUCUCUUUAAAACCUAAAGACGUAAAAAUUUGCAGUCAUGAAAAGUUUCUUCAUUUUUUUCUUACUUUUUGUCGUCGCACAUUGUAAAAAAUGCUUUUUGGUUGAAGAUACACCAAAAUGUCCAAAAGGUGAAGUUUAUCAACUUAAAGGGCCUGGUCCGUUUUGCUAUCCCACAUGCUGCGGACCAAGAGGACCACCAUGUCGCAUGGACUCUUUUACAACAGGCUGUUUUUGCGCUGAUUCUAAUCAAGUCAAAAUGUUUCCAGUCGCUAAUAACACUGUAGCUGAUCCCAAUAAUCCAUGUGUUUCAACUUGCGAUUUCACAAAAUGUGAAGCUAGUAAAUGUCCAAAAGCUAAUGAAGAAUGGCGUGAUUGUGGACCAACAUCAAUGUGCGACAAUCAAGUCUGUAGAGGUAUGAGACCAAUGUGUACUGAAGAAGAUGCUCAAAUUUGUGUUGCUGGAUGCUUCUGUGUUGCUGGCUUCAAAAGAUUUGGUGGAGAAUGCAUCAAGAAGUGUCCUUUAUUGCCAUAGUUUUUGUAAUUUUAAAGUUUAAUUUCACAAAAAUCAAUUACUACAAUUCAGUAAGAAGUGAUUCUUUAUUAUUUCAUCUAAAUAUUCAAAAUUAAUUUGCAUGAAUCAAAUAUUUCAUUCCUAAAUGAAUUUUUCCAUCCUCGAAAAAAAAUUGGAAUAAUUUCUUUGUUCAUAUUUUAAAUAAAUGCAAAGGCUAAAUCAACA